UAUGGAAAUUUAUAAAUGAUUUAAUAAUUGUUUUUAUAUUGAUUUAUUCUCCAGAUAUUAAUUUAUAAAUAAAUGCAAUAGUUACUUUUUCAUGUUUUCUUACGAAAUGUUCGUUUGACAGAUUUUUGAGUUACAAUUUGUCAAAAUGAAUAACAAAUUGCAAUUUCUAAAACCAGGUACACUUUCAAUAAAAGGAAGACAAAAACUGUACUGAUCUAUUUUAUUUUACCAUUUCAGGUUUUAUAAUGCACUAUUUCAUCAGAGAUUGUUCAAGAACGAAAGGAUAUCAAUGAAACAGACCAACCUGCUUUCUAUAAUCAUGAUUUUCAUCUGUCUGUUGAUCAACAAAGACAAAGACUUCCAAUUCAUAAAUAUAAAAACCACAUUCUGUAUUUGCUUGAAAAUUUUCAAACCAUCAUAGUUUUAGGAGAAACAGGUUCUGGAAAAAGUACUCAAAUUCCUCAAUAUAUUUUGGAAUCUGGAUGGUUAGAAAAUAAUGGAAUAGUUGGCAUUACACAGCCUAGAAGAGUUGCUGCCAUCAUGCUUGCUACUCGAGUUGCAGAAGAAAGAAAUGUUCAACUUGGCCAACUUGUUGGAUACAACAUAAGAUUUGAAAGUUGUUUUGAUGCUACAAAAACAAAGAUUAAGUUCAUGACUGAAGGUGUUCUUAUCAAGGAAAUGAUGGCUGAUCCAUUACUGAGGAGUUAUUCAGUUCUCAUACUGGAUGAAGUUCACGAGCGAUCACUCAACGGAGACAUUAUUUUGGGACUUUUAAAAAAAAUUAUCAGGAGGAGACCUGAUCUCAAACUUAUUAUAUCAUCUGCAACUAUUGAAGCCGAAUCAAUGUUUAGAUUCUUUAACAAAAAUGAAACUUCAGAUAAAGAAAAAGAUACAGCUGUAAUUAUUAGUAUUGAAGGUCGUACUUAUAAGGUGGAUAUACAUUAUUCAUCAGAUCCAGUCCCUGAUUAUAUAAAAUCAUCUGUUGAUACAGUUAUGAAGAUUCAUUUAAAUGAACCUCCUGGUGAUAUAUUAGUGUUUUUAACAGGACAGGAAGAAGUUAGACAAACAACAAACAUGCUUAUAGAUAUUGCGACGGAUCUGAAAAGUAAUAAGGAGGCUAUGAAGUUCUUUGUAGUUCCACUCUAUGGUACUUUACCCAUGUCUGAACAGGUGAAAGCAUUUAAACCCACUUCUCGAGGCGUGAGAAAAAUUGUUGUCUCGACUAACAUUGCUGAAGCAUCUGUGACAAUUAGUGGCAUAACAUACAUUGUAGACUGUUGCUUUGUGAAGUUAAAGUGCUAUAACCCUAACUCCUGUACAGACUCCUUAGCUAUAGUUCCUAUUUCUCAGGCAUCUGCCAACCAGAGAGCCGGGCGUGCUGGCCGUGUAAUGUCUGGAAAAGCAUACAGACUAUGUACAGAAGAAGAUUUUUUAAAAUUGCCAAAAUUUUCUGUACCUGAAAUGCAAAGAAGUAAUUUGGCUCCUGUUAUACUUCAACUCAAAGCAUUAGGAAUUGAAAAUAUUUUACAUUUUAAUUUUCCUUCUGCACCACCUUCCAAACAUGUGAUUAGUGCUAUUGAACUUUUAUACGCUUUAAAAGCCUUAGAUGAAAAUGGAAUUCUAACUUCUCCAUUGGGUACCCAAAUGGCUGAAUUUCCCAUUCAUCCUAUGUUUUCAAAACUACUUCUCAUAUCAGGUGAAUAUCAUUGUAUUGAGGAGGCUCUUACUAUUACAGCUAUGCUUCAAGUGCAAAAUAUUUUUGUGUUUGUUCCCAGUAGAAUGCUAGAACUGAAACGCAAAAAGAUGAAAUUUGCUGUGGAAGAGGGUGAUUUUCUUACACUUCUUAAUGUCUACAACUCAUUCCUAAAGAAUAAAAAUAAAUAUUGGUGUGAUCAACAUUUCUUGAACUACAAGGGUUUGUUGAGAGCAAUAGAAAUAAGGGAACAGCUGUCUAAACUUUUGAAAAAAUUUAAACUGCCUCCUGCAGCUAAUAAAGCUGAUAAAGACUCUUUGAGAAAAUGCAUAGUUUCAGCAUUCUUUGCAAAUGCUGCAUUUUUACACUAUACUGGAGUGUAUAAGACAGUGCGUGGUGAGCAUAGUCUUCACAUCCAUCCGGAAUCCGUCUUAACAUUUUGUUCCUCACCCAAGUGGGUUGUUUUUAAUGAGGUUUUGCACAGUACAAAAGAAUACAUGCGAGACAUAACAGCUAUUGAACCCAGUUGGCUAUAUGAAUUAGCUCCACAUUAUUACCAAUAUGGAACUGUAAGUUGACAGCCAGACAUGGUGAUGUGAAGAAAAAAAGAUCAACAUUAUGAAAUUUCUGUGAUUUUUUUUCUUUUUUGUUGCUUCACAAUUAUCAAUUCGUCUUUCAUCUGA